GUGGUCUGUUCAAAUUGAGUCGUUCUUGGUUCUUUGCAGCCGUUGCAACGUUAGCCUAAACCAUAAGUCUGAAGUAGUUCGAGUAAAAUCGAUUUUCUUCAGCUUAUUGGAACAAAAGUGAAAAGUGAAAAGUGUGUGUUUCGCAACAAUUACCUUAACCGGCGUUAAUAAUAUCAAGUGCAAAGGAUCUCUUCCGAUCGUGACGUAACAAUGGCAGCCUUUGUUGAACCGCAUUUCGAUGCCUGGACCCAGGGAUCCGGCAACAUGACCGUGGUGGACAAGGUUCCGCCAGAGAUGCUCCAUAUGGUGCAUCCCCACUGGAACCAGUUCCCGCCGAUGAACCCGCUGUGGCACUCAAUCCUGGGCUUUGCCAUCUUCAUGCUCGGAAUGAUCUCGAUGACCGGUAACGGUUGUGUGAUGUACAUCUUCACGAAUACCAAGUCACUCCGAACCCCCUCCAACUUGCUGGUGGUCAAUUUGGCCUUCUCCGAUUUCUUCAUGAUGUUUACUAUGGGACCGCCGAUGGUGAUCAACUGCUGGCACGAGACGUGGAUGUUCGGUCCGUUCGCCUGCGAGCUCUACGCCAUGCUUGGAUCGCUGUUCGGCUGUGCCUCGAUCUGGACUAUGACUAUGAUUGCGUUUGACCGAUACAACGUCAUCGUGAAGGGUCUCUCGGGCAAACCGAUGACCAACAAUGGAGCCCUGCUGCGCAUCCUGGGCGUGUGGGCGUUCGCACUGUUCUGGACUCUGGCCCCGCUCUUCGGAUGGAACCGAUACGUGCCGGAGGGUAACAUGACCGCUUGCGGAACCGACUACCUGACCCAGACGUGGCUGAGCCGCUCGUACAUCAUCAUCUACGCCAUCUUCGUGUACUGGUUGCCUCUGCUGACCAUCAUCUACUCGUACACCUUCAUCCUGAAGGCUGUGUCCGCCCACGAGAAGAACAUGCGCGAACAGGCCAAGAAGAUGAACGUCGCCUCGCUGCGUACGCAGGAAGCCCAGAACACCAGCACCGAGAUGAAGCUGGCCAAGGUCGCCCUGGUCACCAUCUCGCUGUGGUUCAUGGCGUGGACUCCGUACCUGGUCAUCAACUUCGCCGGAAUCUUCAAGGCAGCUCCAAUCAGCCCGCUGGCCACCAUCUGGGGCUCGCUGUUCGCCAAGGCCAACGCCGUCUACAACCCGAUUGUGUACGGCAUCAGCCAUCCGAAGUACCGCGCUGCUCUGUACCAGAAGUUCCCGUCGCUAUCGUGCCAGGAUGCACCAGCUGACGAUGGACAGUCGGUAGCAUCGGGAGCGACGCAAGCCACGGAAGAGAAAGCCUAAGGAUCUGUUGUAGUCUGACAGGAGGACCGUUGACCUGACCGUUGACUCGACUGCUUGACAAACUGUUUAGUAUUUUAAUUUGAGGAAGCAAUAAACUUUUUUACGCCCUCCUGUAAUUCUACAGGCGGCGGAAAAGUGA